AUGUCAUCUCUCUACGCAUCGGUUGCAGAGGCUAAUAAGCUUACUUCUAGUGGUUAUUCAUCAGCUCAAGAUCCUGUUCGUUUUGCAAGGCGAGGUGCAUUGCGAGAAAAGAAUGUCUCAUAUGUGAAGGGUCAUGAGUUUGUUGCACGAUUCUUAAAACAAUUCACAUUUUGCGGGCAUUGUAAAGACUUCAUAUGGGGCCUUGGUAUACAAGGUGUUCAGUGCAAAACUUGUCUGUUUACGGUUCAUAAAAGGUGUUAUCAACUAGUUACUUUUCAAUGCCCUGGCGCAGAUACUGGGCCAGAUACAGACUUUGAGAAAAAGCACGAUUUCGUGCUGUACACGUAUACAAGCCCAACAUUUUGUGAUCACUGUGGUUCUCUUCUUUAUGGUUUGCUACAUCAAGGGUAUAAAUGUAAAAACUGCAAUCUAAAUGUUCAUAAGAGAUGUACAUCUAAGGCUCCACGACUUUGUGGAAUGGAUCAUACAGAAAGGAGAGGCCGGAUGAAGGUUUCAAUUACAGCUCAAACAGGAAGAUUAAAAGUUGAAAUUUUCGAAGCUAAAAAUCUUGUUCCAAUGGAUCCAAAUGGUCUAGCAGAUCCGUAUGUGAAAAUCAAACUGCUGCCCAGUGACGAGGGUGGUAAAUCCAAGUUGAAAACAAAAGUCUGUCGAUCUACACUAAAUCCUGUGUGGAAUGAGACGUUUUACCUUGCUAUAUCAGAUGACGAUCAUUCAAAGCGUCUUUCAAUUGAAGUUUGGGAUUGGGAUCGUACUUCUCGAAAUGAUUUUAUGGGUUCUUUUUCCUUUGGGGUUAGUGAAGUCAUUAAAGAAUCUGUGUCAUCAUGGUACAAACUAUUAAAUCAAGAGGAGGGUGAAUUUUAUUCAUUACCAUGUAUUGAUGAAUUUAACACGGCUGUUUUAGAAUUGCGUAAACGUAUGGAACGUAUGUCUACUGAACAUUUAAACUUGGCAAGUAGUCAAAAUAAGAUAUCAACCUCAUCAACAAUGUCACAGCAUAAACCAGAUAUUCCUCGACCAAGUGAUUUCAAUUUCCUUUAUGUUUUAGGGAAAGGUAGUUUUGGAAAGGUUAUACUUGCUGAACAGAAACAUAUGGAUGAACUAUUUGCUGUGAAAAUUCUGAAAAAAGAUGUAAUUUUACAAGAUGAUGAUGUAGAAUGUGCUAUGACAGAGCGUAGAGUUCUUGCUUUGCCGAAUAAAUCCCCUUUUUUAGUUCGAUUACAUUCAUGUUUCCAAUCUAUGGAUCGAUUAUAUCUUGUGAUGGAAUAUGUAAAUGGUGGAGAUCUUAUGCAUCGCAUUCAACAAGAAGGAAAAUUCAAAGAACCUGUAGCUGUAUUCUAUUCAGCUGAAAUCGCAUUAGGUUUAUUUUAUUUACAUAAUCAUGGGAUUAUAUACAGGGAUCUUAAAUUGGAUAAUAUUCUAUUAGACAGUGAAGGUCAUAUUAAAAUAGCUGAUUUCGGUAUGUGUAAAGAGGGAAUAUUUGAUGAGAAGAAAACACGUACAUUUUGCGGCACACCUGAUUAUAUUGCACCAGAGAUUAUUAGGUAUGAACUAUAUGGGAAAUCUGUGGAUUGGUGGUCGUUUGGUGUAUUAGUUUAUGAAAUGCUUGCAGGUCUGCCUCCAUUCGAUGGUGAAGAUGAAGAAGAGUUAUUUCGAAAUAUUGCUUCACAAGACGUUGCUUAUCCCCGACAUAUGUCUAGAGAAGCUUGUAUGCUAUGCCGUGGUUUACUUAUACGAAACCCUAAUGAACGGCUUGGGUCGGGACCGAAUGGGGAGAAAGAUAUUCGGCAACAUCAAUUUUAUCGUCACAUUGAUUGGCAUAAACUGUCAAAUUUGGAAAUUCAACCACCAUUCAAACCUCGCAUUAAAAACAAACGAGAUGUGAAUAAUUUUGACUCAGAAUUCACUAAAGAACCGCCUAAACUAACUCCAACAGAUAAAUUAUUCAUAAUGAAUUUGGAUCAAACUGAAUUUUCUGGAUUUUCCUAUGUAAACCCUGAAUAUAUACUAGAAGUAUGA